AUGUUCAACAUUGAUAACAUUAUUCAGUGUGCUACUUCCAUUUCUUCGCUAUCUUCGAGUAUAUCAUCAUCAACAUCAUUAUAUCAUCCUCAUUCUACUCGUCAGAAUCAAACAUCAUCAGAAUUUCAUAUACCAUCUUUUGCAUCACCAUUGUAUAAUACUCCAAUACCACCUCAACAGCAGUAUCAUCAUUCAUAUCCAUAUCAAUCUUAUUCACAAACAUUAUCACAAGAUGAAUGGGCUUUAAUAGUUUCAUUGAGAAUGGUGAACAAUCUAAGUGUAUCACCACCAUAUUCUGCAGUACAUCAACAAUCAGGUGAUGUAACAUCUCAUCAACCUUCUUCUUCUGAUCAAACUGGUCACCAGAUUCCACUAUCGACAUAUUAUGCAACAAAAGCUACAUCUAUUCAUCCAUACACACUGCCAACACCACAACACUUACUAUAUGCUCAACAGACUCAAUUUCCCACUACACAAACACAGCAACUGUUAGCAACAGCUGCUCCACAACCAUCAACAAUUUCAGCACACACAGAACCUGAACAAAUAUCUUUGUCUUCACAAAUAUCAUCAUCACGACAAAUGUCUUUACCUCCACAAAUACAAUCUGGUCACCAGAACCAUUCACCUAUGCUACAACUACAGUCACAUUCUCCUCCUGCUUCACCACUACCAGCUAUUAUUUCACCGGUACAACAACACCAACGAAAAGUUCCAGAUCAAAGUAUAUCAGCUUCUCCUCAACGACAUCAAUCAACUUAUCCACAAACACCAACAAUCUUUCACUACAACCCAACGAUAACAGGACCAACUGUUCAAUUACUUGAUCCAACAAAACCAUAUGAACUUGAAGAUACAAUUAAAAUUGGCUGA